AAAUUUACCGAACCAUCUCUCUCUCUUCUCUUCCUCCCUAGCGUACGUGUAGCCGAGCUACGCUAGCGUCUGAGGAAAGACGAAGGAAGCUACAGCGGCCGAGGUCCCCCAUUCGCGCCCACCGAGGCGGCGAGGCGUCGCGCAUGCGGCCACCCGCACCCAGGCGCCGUCGCGGGGGAGUGAGGCGUGCAGGCGGAGCAAUGGCGAGCGGUCUGGGCCGAUCCGUGGAUCUGUAGGCGCGGGGGGUGUUGGCUGGUGCUGGUGCGUGAUGGGAUCUGGGAGCAGCAAGGCCACCACCACCUCCUCCUCCUCCUCCUCCUCCUCGUCAUCGCGCACGUUGGCGGAGGCGGCGGGCGGCGAGGUUAAGAGGCCGAAUGGGAGCGGGAAGGGGAGGAGGGGGAGGAGCCUUUUGCCGAGCUCCUCCUGCUUCCGUGGCUCCACGACGCCGCCGUGCGAAGGCGACGCUUCCGCAGCACCGGUGGACGUCGAGUGUAACAAGGGAGGGGAGACUGCAAGCCUGCCUUCACUCACUCACACUGCAAAGUCUGAUGAAGAUGUUCUUGCAAUGCCUAAGUCUUAUCCCGGCGAAGGGGUAGCAGUACCUUCAUCAGAUAGUGAAAGAGAUCAAGAUGAUGAUGUGCUACAGAAUGCUGCUGCCACUAGCACAUCAACAGCGGCCAAUCAAUUGCCAAAUCCUUCUGGGAGGUCAAGGCCACGUUUUGGUGUCAACUUUGGGUUGAGUAGAGCUGUCAGCUUGGGAUCAUCAGCAGCCUGCUCUAUUCUGUCAUCUGGCCUCCCGACUUCUGCUAAUCCAGGUGAAGGUCGGAGAGAUGUGGAUGACUCUUCUGAUACAGGCAUCUCCCAGCAGGGUACUGCACCGACUGCUGGGAUUGAUUCGACUCUGGAUAUGCUUAGAGAUAGUGUCACGGCACAAGCUAGAGCAGCUCGUCAGGCUAGGAGAAAUCUGCUAGAAUCUGAAGAUGCUAGCUUGAGGAGCUCCUACAGAAGGAUGGGGUCUCAGGAACCUUUUGAAGGCAGUGUUCGGUUUAGCCGAACAUUAAGUGUUGGGCGGCUUCGGGACAGAGUUCUCAGGCGGCCUCCAUUCUCAGAUGGGCUAUUCACCCCUUCGCUUCUUUAUGAUAGGGCAGUAUGGCCAUCUGGAAACGCUAGUGCUAGGCAAGAUUCAGCAGUAAUGCAAAGGACUAAUUCAGACAGGAGUUCAGAACCGCGAUCUGAUCCUUCAACCAACGAUAUGUACAACUUGAGCUCUGAGAGGCAGGCCAGUAAUAGCGACCUACUGGAGCGCAGAUCAGCUUUUCUUGAGAGGAGGAGGAGGAUACGAUCUCAGGUCAGAGCUCUGCAAAGGUUGGGCAGCAGGUUUGAAAAUUUAUCAGGUCAUGAGAGGUCCUGCAUAUUAUCCGGUCAGCAUAGAACAGGAAAUUGCAACUGCAGAACAGGUAGUCGACAAGGCAAUCCUGAUGAAGAAACUAGCACAAGGGCUAGCAUAUCGAGAAUUGUUAUGUUAGCAGAAGCACUUUUUGAGGUUCUUGAUGAAAUUCACCACCAAUCUGCUGCAUUAUCGUCAUCAAGACCAUCGUUUUCUUCAAUUGGAUCCGUUCCUGCUCCAAGGGAGAUUGUUGAGCGUCUUCCUGCAAAAGUGUAUAGGAAACCGUUGAAAUACCAGAGCGAUGAAGCUGCACAAUGCUAUAUUUGCCUUGUUGAAUAUGAAGAGGGAGAUUGUCUCCGUAUACUUCCAUGCCAUCAUGAAUUUCAUCUAACAUGUGUAGAUAAAUGGCUAAAGGAGAUUCACAGGGUUUGUCCACUUUGUCGUGGCGAUGUCUGCAGAUCUGAUGCACCGAGUAGAAAGGUCAGCUGAUUCUGUCUCUUGAGAAUGCAGCUCUUACAGAGAAAAGUGGAGCUCCUGGCAUGGUUCUUUGAUCCAAUUCCGAUAAAACCUGCAAAACUUCUGCAGAUGUUAUUUUCAUUUCCCCCAUCUCUUCUGGUCAGAACAGCGCAGGAUGCUCCUGUAUUCUAUGGAAAAUUCCCAUCGCAGUCAUCCUCAUUGUGAAACUGAUGACAUGCUAUGGUGAAUUUAGGAUUCUGUAUGGGGCGAGUUUGUUGAUAUUGGAUUGUUGGCUUCCGUUUCCUUAUACCGAUGUGAUCAUGUGACGUUUGAACAAAGUGGGGCGAUUGAUGUCGGGUGCAGCCAUUCUGGACAACUGUCAAAUCUAUUGGUUGCACAUGUACAUGUUUCCUAUUUGAACAAACCAUCGUUUUCACUUUUCA